AUGUACUGCUUACGGGAAGAGCUGAAGCACAUCAGUGAUGGCGGUUCCAUCGUCAAUGCCUCGAGUGUUCUUGGUUUGAGAAGCUUUCCUGGCCACGGCGGAUCCGCUUACGUCGCCGUGUUGGGGCUCACGAGGAACGCGGCAAGAGAAUACGGCCAUCGAAAGAUCCGGAUCAACUGUAUCAAUCCGGGUGGCAUUGCCACGCCUUUGAUGCAGCCAAAACCAGGGGAAGCGGACCCCAUGAUGGGUAUGCUGCCACCAAUCUCCCGUAUGGGGAAGCCCGAGGAAGUUGCUGCUCUGGUUGGAUUCUUGCUCGGCGAUGAAUCUACGUACAUUUCAGGAACGUCGGUUGUCAUCGACGGAGGUCUUACCUGUUAA